UAAAGAUGAACGAUCUCAUGACAAAAUCGUUCUUAAGUUAUGUUGAACUGAAAAAACAAGCCCAUUUGGAUCUUGAAACUGAAAGGGACUUAGAGAUGGGCCAACUCAGCCGUACAGAUGAAGAAAAUCUUUCCAACUUCUUCCCUGAAAUCCAGGCAGUGAAGGGUAACAUUGAAGAGAUUACUAAUCUCUUGAUUGAUCUUCAAAAACUGAAUGAAGAAACAAAAACUACUCAUGGUCCGAAAAUCCUUCGUGGCCUUAGAGACCGAAUGGAUUCUGAUAUGGUAUCUGUCCUUCGCAAAGCCAAGAUUGUCAAGGCAAAACUUGAAGCACUUGACAAAUCAAAUGUUGCUAAUCGGAAACUAUCAAUGGCGUAUGCAGAAGGGACUGUUGUUGAUCGAACGAGAGUUAACAUGACUAAUGGAUUGAGGAUCAAGCUAAGGGAUAUCAUGAAUGAUUUUCAGGCUUUGAGGGAAAAAAUCUUAUCAGAUUACAAAGACUGCCUUAAAAGAAGAUAUUUUAAUGACACAGGUAACGAGCCAACAGAGGAAGUGAUUGAGAAGAUGGUGUCGGAAGGAAGUGGGAAAGUUGAAAUAUUUUCAGAAAAAGGAGAGAUGAAUCUUGAGGACAAAGAUAGGCAUGAGGCUGUAAUGGACAUAAAAAGGAGCCUGGAUAAACUUCAUCAAGUUUUUCUUGAUAUGGCUGUUCUAGUUGAGACUCAAAGUGAACAUAUUGAUGACAUUGAGCAUAAUGUGGCCAUUGCUGGAAGCUUCAUCAGUGGUGGAACCAACAGUCUUUUCUAUGCUAAGCAGCACCAGAAGAAGGGAAGGACAUGGUUAUGUUGGGUAUGGGCUGUGGUGUUGAUCAUUACGAUUGUCUGCUUAAUUGCUACUUUGAUCUCUUGAUAAUAUUUUCUACUAGACUUGGAAACACAAUGUAAUUUGGUUUUAGGAUUAGGUUAGUUCCUCUCAUUUGGCCCUUUUGAGCUCGAUGAUAUUUUUCAUUCU